UCUCCUAAAUGUCCCUGUUCAGAUGCUCCAAAACACACGACCAUCCUGAAAGGAGAAGAGCAGCAGCACCCCAACGGGACUCGUUCUGUGACGCUGAGCUGCAGCGCUCAGUCUCACCCUAAAGUCGACCGGUACUCCUGGUACAAGAACACAUAUGAGUCUAAAGGGUAUUUACCUCUACCCAGCAGUCCAACCUUGACAGUGUUCUCACACCAGAAAGGAGAGUACUACUGCACUGCUGAAAACAAAAUAGGCAAAAAAUCGUCGGAGUCAAUCAGGCUGUUUGAUGACACACUUAAGAAGGCCGUGACGUACUUCCUGUUGAUUUGCGUUAUUUUGUUUAUUUCUCUCUUCAUUUUCUUUUUGUACAGACACAGGAGGAACAAGUCAAUUCAGCGAGGAACUAUACAGCCCUCUUGUGGUUUUCUGGGUUGGCGGAACAGUGUGGAGAGGAGGAACCUGAUGAACGAGGCUGCUUUGGCAGAGCCUUUCAGGAGCAGGGAUGACCUCUUGCCAGAACAGCCGUGCCGUCCAAAUGCCCAACGCUGCCAGCCUCGUCCAGACAGCACGCCUCCGUCCAACGUUAACAUCGUUUACGCCACCGUGAACCUGCCCAGUGGGAAACAGGCUCCCUCUGCACCGAAGCCGAGGCAGCAGCAUGAGGAAGACACGCAGAACGAUUCCCUCAACUAUGUUUCUUUACACUUUGGGAAUAAGGACAAGAAACCGGACGAGACUGUGGUUGUGUAUGCGCAGGUGUCCAAGAACAAGGCAUCUGCCGAGAUGGAAAGACGGGCGGACUACGAGAACAUCACGGCGGUUAAUGCGGCCAAUCUUCCAAAUCUAUCCGACUCCGACUCUGACACCAGUGACGAUGAAACGGAAGUCAACUACUCUCAAGUGAACUUUAAGCCAGCGCCUGGACACCGGAGGGACAGCAGCAGCAGCAGCAGCGACUCGUCCACCAGCUCGGAAGAAGACGAGACUCAGUACUCUCAGGUCAAAGUCUGACAUCGCAGCUGAACUCUGGACUUGCUCGAGAGUUUUUUUUUUUUUUUUCGAGAUGUUUUACCGUCUAAUCCAAAAUGCUUCUUCACUUCUGACUGAAUGGUCAAAGACUGUCAGCAUUCACAGCACGAACAUGUUGGAUUUAACUAAAAUGAACAACUAUGGGAGGCUGAAUGAGGGUUUUAUUACAUCUUCAGGCUUGUUUUUUUUAUUUUAUAUAUAUGUAUUUUAAUUACUAGCAGCAUUUCCUCAUGUACAUUAUUUAAACUAUCCCUGCUUUGGUGUAUUUGUAUAUAACUAUGUUGGUUAACUUGGUUCGAAGAGCCUAUUAUCCAACUGUUUGUAUUUGUUUUGUGAUAUUUUUGAUCAGUUACAGCUGUUUUUAUCAGAUUUGGAAUUUUUUAAAGUGUAUAUGGACAGUUAUAUAUAUAUUUUUUCAACAUAAAUGUAUGAUUUUAACAUUUCUUUUAUUUGAGCUGAUCUAUUAUAGGCUCCCUAACAGAUCAAUAGAUUAAGUACCCUAAUCUGAUACUUAUGCUAAGUUUUUUUUUAAAUUUUAUUAUUAUUUUUUGCCUGGGACACAAAAAAGUAGAUGGCAACAUCCCACUUGUGGAUCUAUUAUAGGCUCAAGUGGGAUGUUCGCCACCUUAAGUUGUAUUUUUUUGUGUCAAAGUUCCUGUCGAGCUGCACCUUGAGGUCAAAUGCGAGUCAAUCAUGUGGGUCGUAAACUCCCUGCUGUUCAUUGUUUUGGUUUGACAUUUUUGAACGUUUGGUCUUCUCUGCUCAGAAUAAGUUCGCUGCUGUCCUCAAAUGAGUAUCCCUCAAGAACCCAAACUAUCCCUCUCAUUGACCUCCCGACCAGUCAGUCAGAACUGAAGAAACCUAACAGGAGGUUAGACGUCUUCAACAAACUCAAGCUUGUCAAGCUGCUGUAAUGGUAGCUUUUGCAUAUGCCUCGCCUGUGUACGUUUACGCUGCAAGCACCAAACAGAACCCAGCACAUCCAAACUAUGAAUUUGAUCAAACAUUUUGGGGAGAUGUGCAGACAAAGCUGAGAAAACGACAUGUUGUAAAGCUGUGCUGCAAUCACUCGGCUAAGACUUGCUUAAAGCAUACAGUGCCAUCAAUAUGUUAUAAAUAUAUGCAAAGCAGUAUAUAUGGUUCCAUUUAACUUUAGCCAACUUAACAGCAGGAAGAAUUACUAUAUUUUUUUUUGUGCAAUUGUACUGUAUUUAUGUAUUUAAAAGAAGAAAAAAAAAACCCUACGAAGUUAAUAAAAAGUGAACAAUUAUCCCCGUG